AUGCUUGUUCUGUUAUAUUCGGAUGAUGAGAAACUUUUUGAUUCUCGAUGUAGAGCUACUGUUGAUAUAGUUUUCGAUCCUUAUCAUAGGAUGAGGGCGCAUGGGAAUAAAAAUGGUCAAGCAUGUAUUCUCUCUCAUAAAAACUCUUUCUCUGUCUCUUCUCUGAUUUGCCGGCGCUUCAAAACCCUAGUUUCCUCUAUAUCUCCAACGACGUGUUUGGUGGUAUCUUGGACACCAGUAAACCCCUCGAUUACGAAGGAUGACUAA